AUGUCCAACGCGGAGCAGUGGUUUCGGAUCAUCGACAAGGACCGCAGCGGGUCGCUGGACGUGUUCGAGCUGCAGAAUGCCCUGGCCCUGGGCAAGAUCAACUUCAGCCUGAAAACCGUGCAGUCUGUCAUGCGAUUGUAUGAUGCGGAUGGGAACGGCAAGAUGGGCUUGCCGGAGUACCACCGGCUGCACUCCUUCCUCAGCAAUGUCACCCUGGCCUUCCGGCGCUACGACACCGACAACAGCGGCAACCUGGACCAGGCGGAGGUCAAGAUCGCCCUGCGGGAUGCAGGCUUCAAUCUGGACGAUCCCGCCUUCAUAGCUCUGUUCAAGUCCUUUGACCCUGACAAGUCCAACUCGCUGUGCCUGACGGAGUUCAUGGGGAUGACCAUCUUCCUGCAGAGCAUCAGCGCGGCCUUCACAGCAUUUGACCCCAGGCGGACCGGCCAAGUGUCCCUCAACUUCAACCAGGCCGUCUACUUUGUCAGCAAUUGUACAUAA